AUGACUGCCCGUCUGGUGCUGGUCAUCGGUGACCUGUUUAUCCCGGACCGAGCUCCCGAUCUCCCUGCCAAGUUUCGCAAACUCUUGACGCCCGGAAAGAUUGGCCAGAUUCUCUGCUUGGGCAACCUGACCGAUCGCGAGACCUAUGACUUCCUUCGCCAAGUAGCGCCUGACCUGCAAAUGGUCAGAGGCGACUACGAUGUCGACUCCCCCAACUUGCCUCUCUCCAAAGUCGUUAAUCACGGCAGCCUGCGCAUCGGCUUCACGCAUGGGCAUACGAUCAUUCCUCCCGGCGAUGCAGAUGCUUUGCUGAUAGCCGCCCGUCAGAUGGAUGUUGACAUCCUACUCUGGGGCGGGACACAUCGCUUCGAGGCCUUUGAAAUGGAGGGUCGCUUUUUCGUGAACCCGGGCAGCGCCACGGGUGCCAUGAGCUCCGGGUACUGGCCGGAUGGCGAGGAACCGACGCCCAGCUUCUGUCUGAUGGAUAUCCAAGGCGAUGUCUUGGUGCUCUACGUGUAUCAGCUCAAGACCGAUGCGAAUGGCGUGGAGAAUGUUUCCGUCGAAAAGGUCUCAUACCGUAAAAAUCAUGCCCCCGCGCCCGUGUCUUAA